UAUCGGGGCGAAGGGGUGGGGGAGGGAGAAACCUCGAGCAAAUAAUCCCGGCCCGGAACAGUUUGAAGAAGAAAGUGUGAGGGAAAUGGCGGUUGAUAAAGAACUGCUGGAGUUGGACCUGUACGCGCUUUUGGGAGUGGGCGAGAAAGCGACGGAUAAAGAGAUUAAGAAAGCCUACAGACAGAAGGCCCUGACCUGUCAUCCAGAUAAACAUCCAGAUAAUCCCAAAGCAGCUGAGCUCUUCCAUCAGUUGUCUCAGGCAUUAACAGUUCUAACAGACGCAGCAGCAAGGGCAGCCUAUGAUAGAGUGAGGAAAGCUAAGAAACAAGCAGCAGAAAGGACCCAGAAACUUGAUGAAAGAAGGAAGAAAGUCAAGCUAGAUCUUGAAGCUCGGGAAAGGGAAGCUCACUCCCGAGUUAGCAAGGAGGAAGAGAUUGAGAUAACUAGGACUUUGGAGCAAGAGAUCCAGCGGUUACGUGAAGAGGGAUCUCGCCAAUUGGAGGAACAACAAAAACUCAUCCAAGAACAAAUCCGGCUUGAGAAGGAGCGAAUACGAAGUAAACAAGAUGGGUAUGGAGGGAAUGGCACAGGAACACCCAAGCUCAAACUACGAUGGAAGUGCAAGAAAGAAGAUGAAACUAAAGGAGGUUACUCAAAGGAAAUUCUUCUGCAAAUUCUACAAAAGUAUGGUGAAGUUCUUAAUUUGCUAAUCUCAAACAAGAAGGCUGGAAGUGCAGUUGUGGAAUUUGCUACAGUGAAAGCUGCUGAGAUGGCAGUGAAGAAUGAAAUUGGCCUAACAGACAAUCCUUUAAAAAUCACCUGGCUAGAGGGCCAACCACAGAAUAGCACUGUGUUUGCUGAUGGCACUAUUCACCCACAGAUAUCCCAGGUGCAGCUGAAGAAAUGUGAGACUUGGAAACAGAUGUACAUGAUAGAUUUUUCAGCUCCCUCAGAAAUCCUCCAAAGACUUUUCAGGCUUGAAGGCAUACAUACAGGGUUCAGUAGUUUCUGAGAGGGAUUAUGAAAGUCUUGUGAUGAUGCGGAUGCGCCAAGCUGCAGAGAGACAGAAGCUAAUUGAACAGAUGAAACAGGAAGAUGAAGAAGAGUCUUGUACAUAGUAGAAGAGGAAGUGGCAAUAUCAUGCAUUUUUGCUUAUAAUCCGUAAAUCAAUAAAAACUACUGAAGCAAAA